AUGGCGGCACGUACCUGGCAAGGAGAAUCCUGCAGACUGUGCCUCCCGAGAGGUGUCGCCGAAGAAGCUCCUGGAGCAUCCUCUGUGGUUGCGAGGGCCGGAAUAUCUCCGCCAUCACGCGGACUUCUGGCCGAAGGACGUCGGACCCUUGGGGACGGCCGACUUACCGGAGCAGCGACCGUUCCGAUGCCAUGUAGCCGCCGAGGAGCUAAGGAGCUCUGCCGCUUCUCCUGCCUUCGUCGCCUACUUCGCGUGUCCGCCUGGCGCUGGAGGGCACGAGGACGUCAUUCAGCAGACAGCAAAGCUGUGUCGACCUCCUUGGAACCUGAGGAGCUGGAGGCCGCUUUGUCAAGAUGGAUCCGGGUAGCUCAGAAGUCGAGCUACCAGGCCGAGCUGCAGGACGUCCGUGCUGGAAGGACGCUGCCUGCCCGGAGCUCACUCCGCAAGCUGGUUCCCAUGUUGGACGACGAGGGCACCCUGAGGGUCAGCGGGCGUCUGAAACACGCAAUUUUGGAUGCCGAUCAACGUCAUCCUGUCAUCCUACCGCCGCAGUCUCAUCUGACUCACCUGGUGAUUGGCGCCGCCCACAAGCGAAUACUUCACGGCGGAGUCCAGGCCACCUUGGCGCACAUCAGCUCCCGCGCCGUACAUCUUGAAGCCGUCAGCGACUACACCGCCGAGGCCUUCCUAGUGGUCUUUCGUCGGUUCGUGUCCCGACGAGAGUUGUGCACAGUCGUGUACAGCGACUGCGGCACUAACUUUGUGGGCGCUGACCGACAGCUCAAGGACCUCUUCAAAGCUGCUGGCCGUGAGAUUCAGACGAUUGUUGGGCACCUGGCAGACCGAGAAAUACGGUGGAGCUUCAAUCCACCGGCAGCUCCACACUUUGGCGGCCUGUGGGAAGCGGCGGCCAAGGCUGUCAAACACCACCUGAAACGCACCAUCGGCGAGGCCAGACUGACCUUUGAGGAACUGUCGACGUUCCUUACAGAGGUUGAGGCCUGUUUCAAUUCAAGGCCGCUCGAGGUUUUAACGGACGACCCUGACGACCUCGGUGCCCUGACGCCUGGGCAUUUCCUGGUGGAAAGCCCUCUUCUUGUCAUCCCAGAGCCGUCACUCUUGGAUGCGUCAGCCAACCGGCUGAAUCGGUGGCGGCUCCUGCAGCAGAUGCGGGAUCACCUGUAG